AUGUUCUCGAUGGCUCACUCUGCCCAGGUCGCGGCCCUGAGGCCCAAGACGACCUCUGUGCGAGCCCGUCCCUCGGCGCGCUCGCAGCCUCGCGUGCUCGCGUACACCGAGCCCUCCAACCGCUCGGCUGGCGCCGCGUCCGCCAAGGCCGGGGCCGCCGCCAAGCAGGCAUCCACGGUCAACAUCAUCUGCCAGGGCCAUGGCGUCGCGGUGACGGACGCCAUCCGGCAGUACGCCGAGGACAAGGUGUCCAAGGUCUGCCACCCCUUCGAGGCCGAGGUCUCGGAGGUGGACGUGCACAUUUCGGUGCGCUCGAAGCACCACGGGCAGCACGGGCCCGACCAGCACUCGGUCUCGCUCGUCGCGUACACGCUCCGCAACGGCGUCCUGCGCGUCGAGGACAAGGAGGACUCGAUGUACGCGGCCAUCGACCUCGCGACCGACAAGCUGAAGGGCGUCCUGCGCAAGACGAAGGAGAAGGCCAUCAAGCGCGGCAAGUGGCCCGGGCGCGGGGGCAAGGGCGGGCCCACGGCCGCGGACGAGGGCCUCGGCGCGUUCGAGGAGGCCGGGACCAACGAGCUCCUCGAGGCCGUCGCCGAGCCGCUGCGCGAGGCCACGGACGUGCGGGAGAAGUUCUUCAAGCUGCACGCCAUCUCGCAAGCCCAGGCGAUCGAGGAGCUGGAGGAGUCGGAGCGCGACUUUUACCUCUACCACGACCGCGACGCCAAGGACCUGCGGGUGCUGUACCGGCUGAAGCGGGGCCAGGGCUACGGCGUGGUCGUGCCCUCGCUCGCGCAGGGCUCCGGACCCAACCCCACCCUCUCGGACUAG